AUGGGCAUCUGGAGAAGACUCAGUCAUCCGAAUGUUAUGGAAUUCAUGGGCGUUGCUUUUGGCUUUGGUCUUUCGAUGGCCCUCGUUGCUCCUUGGGCUGCGAAUGGGACGUUGACUGAUCACCUGGAGAAACACUGGUCGACAAUCACUAGCGUUGAGCAACUCAUACAUUCUUAUCCUAACAAUCCCGUCACCCAUGGAGAUCUCACUGGGUCUAAUGUUCUUAUCCUCUGGGACAUGACCGCAUGUAUCGCCGACUUCGGACUAUCAAGCAUGCUCGGCGACCUACAGACCGGCACGACAUACCUCGCAGCCACCGCUAUGUAUCCAGGCGCAGUGCGAUGGACAGCUCCUGAGCUGCUCCUGUCAGAUGAUCUCCAGCCCACGACGCUCAGCGAUAUCUACUCUCUUGGAAGUAUCAUGCUUCAAGUUCUAUCGGGCAAAUUACCUUGGCACGAGAUCAAACGGGAAGUUAUAAUCAUACGAGAGAUCCAACAAGGAAAUACCCCUCAUUGCCCGUCCCAAUCCCCCCUCGUCAGUGAACUUUGGCCAUUCAUCCGUCGGUGCUGGUCGUUAUCACCGAAUGAACGGCCCUCAGCUGGCGCCGCCUUGGAAUUCAUCCAACACAUUCGAGCUAAAUUACACCUAAUCUUGUUCGAUGGCCAUGAGACGCCUAGUUCGACUGCUGCACACCCUGCAAGUAGUCCUGGUCUAUCUGUAAGGCCACGCUUGAAAAUAAUUACAUAA